AUGGUCCAAACAACUGUUGUGCUUCGCCAUGUAUUUGUUCGUGCAGCAGCAGUUGGUCCCCCGGGGUAUUCUGGUGGAGGUGAGCGCAAGACGGAUGCCUCCGUAGAGUCUGAACAUUCCGCUCUGAGCUGCAGCAAAACUAGCAAGCACUUGGCGGUCCGGCAGCAUAUCCUGUACGAGGUGAAGGACAGGGGUCGUCUUCGCGACCAGGGGGUGCGCGACAAGAUCCGCCUGCUCGAACACCAAGAGGCGGUCAACCGGCUCGUUCUGGUGGAGAACGUAGUUCGCAUCGGGAUUGAUGACCUGUUUGAAGGACCGUCUCCCCAAGCCUACGCAAAUACUGUACUUGAUGCGCUGUGUCAAACUGACACAUAA